AUGCCUUUUAGGGCGGUUGAUCAAGAGGACUUUAGAGAUUGGAUCCAUGACUUGAAUCCAAAGUACAAGCUUCCAAAUAGGCACAAGGUGGCGGCGACGGUUUUAGAAUUGUAUUAUACAGAGAAGGAAAAAAUCAAGAGGGUGGUUGAUGGUUUGAGGGGCAUAGACAAGGUAUUUAGCAUUACCGUUGACAAUGCUAGUGCCAAUGACACCGCCAUUGCACACAUGAAGAGAAGGCUUAAGUCCAAUGGUGCUCUUUUACUUGAAGGGGCUCACUUGCACAUGAGGUGUGCUUGUCACAUCCUCAAUUUGAUAGUUAAAGAUGGAAUGACGGAGCUUAGUCGUGAGAUUGAAGGGAUAAGGAAUUGUGUCAAGUUCAUACAUUCAUCCCCCACGAGGUUGGAGACUUUUAGGGAGUAUUGUGUCUUGAUGAGAUUUGAUAAGAUGUCGAAUAUUCCUUUUGAUGUUGUCACAAGGUGGAAUGCCACCUAUGACAUGCUCAAUAGUGCCUUCAAAUUUAAGCAAGUGUUCUCAAGGAUGGCGGAUGAGUGCAACACUUUCAUCUCUUACUUUCAAGAGGAAGUAUCUAAAGAGAUUAAUGAGGUCACAACCAAGGUGAAACAGGUGGGUCCUCCGGUGGUGGAAGAUUGGGAGAGGGCGAUGAGUUUUGCUCACUUUUUAAAAAAGUUUUAUGAUUCCACCUUGACACUUAGUGCAACCCUAACUCCAACUUCAAACUUAAUACUCGGCAUGGUGAUUGCAUUGCAAGUGGAGAUAGAAGAAAAGAUUUGCAAUUCCUCUAAUGCCACUUUGCAAAGUGUGGCAACUUCCAUGAAGCUUAAGUUUGACAAGUAUUGGGGGGACAUUGAAAAGGUUAACCCUAUACUCUUUAUAGCGCAAGCACUCGACCCAAGGUACAAGUUUGAAUUGUUGGAGGCAAGCCUCAAGGAACUCUGCUAUUCAUGUGAGGCAAUCUUGGAUGUGAAGACAAGUAUUAAAAAAAACUUGACAGAUUUGUUUAAGGUGUAUAAGGAGGGAGAUGUUUCUAGUAGUAGUAGUGUUACCGUGGAUCAAAGGCCAAGUGUUGUGGAAGAUGAUUCUUCGGGGUUGGAAGAUGAUGUUGCUACAAGAUCGCAAAGGAAGAUCCAACAAAAAAGAGCGGCGGCCCAACAAAACGAGAUAUCCAAUGAAGUGGAUAUGUAUUUCAAUGAUCCUCACCAAAGCUUAACAUAUGAGGUAGCACCUUUGCUAGUGAGAAUGCUUUUAGUCUUGGUGGGAGAGUUGUAG